UCAGCUGUCAAAGAGUUGAGUCAUUAUCUGUCAAACGGUGUCUUGUCACCAGCCUGUGUAUAGAAAAUCUAUUUCUUAUUAUUUUAUAUAAAUUCAACGCAAAUAUCUUAUUUAUAAAAUAAUUUGGUUAGCAUAACAAAAUUUAUUAUAUUAUGACAUUUUAUACUUUAGGCGAAGUGCGUUUUUUAACGGACUAUGUGUGCAAGUUGUAAAUAAUAUAUUGAGUGGAGUGCAUUAUGUGGUCGUUUUUCUCACGGGAUCCCACAAAGGAUUUUCCCUAUGAAGUAGGGGAUCCUGUGGCUGGGCUAGAAAGACAAAGUGUUUGGACGCUGCACAAAGGCAAAAAGCGGGGAACUCAAGAUGAAGUGUCAAUAUUUUUAUUUGACGUCCAAAAGAGUUCGGAGACUCUUUUUGACAUAGCGAAGGCCUCCCUAAAAAAACUUAAGACUAUGAGACACCCUAGCCUUUUACAUUAUUUAGAUAGCUGUGAAACUGAGAAAUUUUUAUAUGUAGCUACAGAGUAUGUACAGCCUUUAUCCACUCACAUAGAAGAUGUUAAACUCGAGGGACAGCAGAAGGAGUUAUUCCUCGCAUGGGGGAUAUUCCAAAUAACUAGAGCAUUAUCAUUCCUAACCAAUGAUGGUAAUAUGAGACACAACAAUGUCUGUCUGUAUUCAGUGUUUGUCACUUUAGCCGGGGAAUGGAAAUUAGGAGGCUUUGAAUUCUUAACUAACCAGACACAAGACACCUCGAACCCGAUACCUUUGAAAAUAUUACCAGCACUUGAAAUCUAUGAUCCACCAGAGAAAAAAGAUCCCAGUAAACUAAAAACAGUGACAAAAUGCUCAUCAGAUAUGUGGGGGUUGGGCUGUCUGAUUUGGGAGGCAUUCAAUGGACCGCUGAAAAAUCAACCAGCACUCAAAACAGUGGACCAUAUACCGAAACAGUUGUGCACUUUGUACUGUGAACUAGUUAGUGCUAAUCCUGCAUCGAGACCGAACCCAGCUGAUAUUAUAACAAGAUGUCGCAAAAUGGGCGGAUAUUUUAAGAACGAUCUAAUAGACACUAUGCUGUUUCUGGAAGAAAUACAAAUCAAGGAUAAAGCAGAGAAGGGCAAAUUUUUCUCCACACUCAGCUCGUUCCUCGACAACUUCCCUGAAGCAGUGUGUGUUCACAAGAUCUUACCACAGCUACUUACUGCAUUCCAUUACGGUGAUGCGGGAUCUGCUGUCUUAGCACCUAUGUUUAAGUUAGGAAAAUUAUUAAGCGAAGAAGAGUAUCAAAAGCAAAUAGUUCCGUGCGUUGUGAAACUGUUCGCUUCUAACGACAGGACCACGCGGUCUCGUCUGUUGCAGCAACUCGACCAAUUUAUUGUGCACCUACAGAAUAACACUGUAAACGACCAAAUAUUUCCUCAAGUAGUACACGGGUUCCUGGACACCAACCCCAUUAUCAGAGAACAGACAGUCAAAUCGAUAGUGCACCUCGCCUCUAAGCUGAACUACAACAACUUGAAUGUGGAAGUGUUGAAGCACUUUGCUCGGUUGCAAUCCAAAGAUGACCAGGGAGGCAUAAGAACGAACACCACGGUAUGCCUGGGCAAGAUCGCGUCUCAUCUGCACCCGCAGAUCAGACAGAAGAUUCUGGUGUCAGCGUUCGUGCGAGCCACGCGCGACGCCUUCCAUCCAACGAGGCAGGCGGGCGUGCUGGCGCUAGCGGCCACGCAGCAGUACUUCCUGUUAGCCGAAGUGGCCAAUAGAGUGCUGCCGGCGCUGUGUCCUCUCACUGCUGAUCCGGAGAAACAGGUGCGUGACGCCACAUUCAGAACUAUAAGGGGCUUCCUUGGAAAGUUGGAGAAAGUGUCAGAGGAUCCGAGCCUAAAGGAGGGAAUGGAAGCAGACGUGCACACGGCGACUCCUUCGCUAAGCAACGCUGCGGCGACGUCGAGAGCGGCCGUCACCGCGGUCACCGCCAAGUUCUAUCGCUCGCACUCCGACACCGCCCGGGUGCAGCACUCCGCCAAGUCCGCGCUCUCCAAACCUGGAUCGUUGGAGCAACCGUCAUCGAGCAGUAUGUCAACGACGACGUCAUCGGUGACAUCGAUGACGUCACUGGAGCACAGCGAGUCCGCGUCCGACUACGACCCCGAGCACUGGGACAUGGCCGCGUGGGGGGAAAUCGACUCCAGCGGAGGCACGUGCGCGACGUGAAGUCGCCGCCGAGCA